GCCGAAAGCGAGCCCUGCUUGGGCUACGGCUGUGAGGCUUCUGCCUCGUGUCCGCCGGAGACAUUUCCUGUGGCGUGCCGUUUCCAAGCACCUGGCGCAGGCCACAGCGUCUGGAUCUCCAACAACACCUGCGUGGCACGGAAUGCUGGGAUCUACGAGGAGGAUGAGAUCCGAGCCAACGCCGCCUGCAGCAGCAUGUUCCGGACCUUCACGACCUCAGGAAGCGCUGAGUUCGGCGCCAGCUGCCCGCGAGGCUCCGUGCUGGAACGAUGCUUCUGCGAGGGCUGUCCUCUCACCCCGGAGAUCAGCGAGGCCAACGUCAGCUGCCCAGCGGCAGCUGGGUCGCAGGCCUUGUGCCUGCAAGGUGACACCAACUGGCUGCUACAGAAUCCCGGCAAGCCGAGCUGCACUUCCUGUCUACGUGUCCCAGUCCCGGAGGCCUGAAACGUCGUACUGGAAUGCAGAUGGCCUUGGCUUCGUGAAGUAUUGCGGAUGGGCUCCAUAUCGGCGCCCUCUGACUGACCCUGACUUUCGGAACGACACGGACUGCCGGGAUGUGAUGCUGCAGCCACAGCGGGACUACAUCGGCGCCUGUACGCUGCAAGAGUGUCAGGGACUCGAGGACUGCGUCGCGCGCUGCGACCUUUGUCCGAACUGUUCAGCAGUCUUGUACAACAGCCGUGAGACGAGCGGAAUCCGGUGCCACAUGCAGAGCAAUGCCUACAUCGAGUCUUUGGAGAGCUCGGCAUUGCCGGUGGCAUGGUCCUUCUAUGUCAACGAGCGAAACGUGGGCUGCCGCCCGGAAGCUGAGACGGACCUGCUCAGCACACGAGGCCUUCGCGGCUUCCGUCUCUUCGCAGAUCUCGGCUGCUCGCAAGAGCUGGUGCCAGACCAGGUCUUCGCGUUGGAUGGCGGGGGCCUAGUUCCCCUUCAGGACGUUUGGGUGCCGCGGUGUGCUUCGGCCGGGCGGUGCUAUGCCGGAGGUGUGAGCUUGAUGGCGACGUUUUCAUCGCCACAGGUUGUGCGAUGCGCGCUGGUAGAUGCGCACGAGAAGUUCAGCCGCGGCUGGAGACUCGCGAAGAACUCGGCGGAGAUCUCAGGACUUCUGAAAGAUCUGGCGCAGGCUGAGUGGUUGGAGGUCGCGCGAUCUGGGGCGAGCCUCGGGGUGAGAGCAUCCUGGGACGGCCUCACAGAGGUGGAUUCCAGCGCUUCGGGGGGGUCUUUGGCCUCUUGGGGAGCAGCAGAUGCAGGCACCAACAGCUCUGGUGGCUUCCUGUCGAUCCUUGUGGCUUUGCUUGCAGCAGGGCUCUGCUUCGUGGCAGGAGGCUUUGUCUACCUCCGCCCCCUCUUCCGGGGACCUUCGCAGCCUGUGAUGCUCGAAACUCGGGUUCCUCCUGUCAUGUUCCCUCCUGCAGCUGUCCUUCUGGAAGACGAGGAUGCUCUGAGCCCUGAGCACAUCGAUGUGUCUGCUGCCACCGCCACAACCACCGAGGAGACAUGCCAGCUGUCUUUCGUCUCGGGCGAGGUCUUUUCCCAUCUCCAAGCGCUGCUGGACUUCACACAUCUUUCGGUACCAGACAGGACAGCUGCUGGCGCUGCUGAGCCUCCUGUUGCUGUCCAGCUUCGCCACGCUCUGCGAGUGAAGGACUCUGCCAAGUCCCGUCGCUAUGCCCAUCAAUGUGGAGCAAUCCGCCGGAAGCGUUCCGAGCUGAAACCCAUUUCACCGGAACUGCUCUCGGCCGCUGCUGCGGCGAAGAUGGAUCUCCAGAAUGUGAUUCCUGGACCGGACCCGGCAGCCAACGAGUCGUAUCUCUGGUGCCAAACCUCGGUUCGCUUUGCUUUGGCCCUGGCGCAGGGCCAUGGCUGGGAGGAGCUGGCUCGAGGUGGUCGAAGUGGGUCCAUUCGCCUCACCGAAAGCUGUGCGCAGGUUGAGGAUGUGUUCCCAGAUCGCUCUGGAUACUACGCCGGGAUAAGCGCUUUGCUCCUUUGUCGUGUCUGCGUUGGAAAGUUCUGCUACAUCGCAGAUGCCGGUGCCGAAGCUAAGAGAGAGGUGGAGUCGGGUGAGUUCGACAGCAUCCUCGAGGACAACGCGACACGCCGCAUACUCGUCUUCGAUGAUGUGCAGGUUCUUCCCGAGUACCUGUUGCUUUGCUCGUCGAUCGGACAUGGGGAGGACACAUUUCUUUCCGCCCUGCGACUUGAGAUGCCCAUCUACUGGAGCAAUCUCUCACGGGAUCCCAUCAGCAUCGUUUCGGGUGAUUUGCUGACCAACGAGUCCUUCCUGUGGCUGGCGUCGGACAACGAGGCCGAUGGUGGCGGUGGUAUUGUCGUCGUUGCUGCCGCUUCGGUUGCUGCUGCUCUCCAGGGCGCCAUCACCCAGUCGGGCCGGGAUGAGUGGAGGCUGGAGUGCGUUUACCUGGCACAUUUGGCUUUCGGUGUGAAGAGUCUUUUUGCUUCCGGACUGUUGUUGAACAGUGUUUGUGACCGGAUUGGGCCUCAAGUAUUGAAGGUGUUCUCCAAGACUUGCUAG